CGCUCAGUGAAGCAGCUCGCCUGGCUAUAAAUACGUGGCUCAUAGCUGGAGCUCAGCUGGCAGUACGGCAUCUGUAUUGAUUUACUGAACCUGAAUGACUUGCACAACCAUGUGCGACUGCUGAAAGGCAGUUAGUACGAGAGCUACACGCCCGGAGCUUCCAAAUUCCUCUCUUCCUUAAUUUCUUAAAUGGUUGGGAGUUCACUACCAAGAAGUUUUUCUUUUGCUUUGAACAUUGUCUAUUUUCACUGAGUGAUUUUCGGAAACUGAGGAGGGGAAGUUUGGCACAGUCGGCUGAGUUUUGGACACAGCAGCUAUGGGAGACUUCUGGGGAGAUGUUGCCAGCCAGAGGGUGGCCAGAGCAAUGUCAGUGGGGAACGAUGAGGAGGCGGUGCUGGACCGGGGGAAGACCAGCUCCACCCUCUAUACCAACUUUGAGAAAGAAGAACUGGAGGGUCACAGGGCGGUGUACAUUGGAGUUCAUGUUCCUCAUGGCCGACCGAGCCGGAGGCGACACCGUCACAGAGGACACAGGCAUCACCAGAAGAGGCGAGACCAGUCAGACCGGGAUGAUGGGCGAGAUUCGCCUGCAUAUGACACUCCAUCUCAGAGAGUCCAUUUCAUCCUCGGGACAGAGGACGACGACGAGGAGCACAUCCCCCAUGACCUGUUCACCGAGCUGGACGAGCUUGCCUUCAGAGACGGAGACAUCCAGGAGUGGAAGGAGACGGCCAGGUGGUUAAAGUUUGAGGAGGAUGUAGAAGAUGGUGGUGAGCGCUGGAGUAAACCAUAUGUGGCCACGUUGUCCCUGCACAGCCUAUUUGAGCUGCGGUCCUGCAUCCUGAACGGCACCGUGCUGCUCGACAUGAGGGCCAACACCAUUGAGGAGAUCGCAGACAUGGUGAUUGACAGCUUGUUGGCGUCGGGUCAGCUCGAGGAUGGCGUUCAGGAGAGGGUGAGGGAGGCCAUGUUGAGACGUCACCACCACCAGAACGAGAAGAAGCUGAGCAACAGAAUCCCGCUGGUCCGAUCAUUUGCAGAUAUAGGCAAGAAACACUCCGACCCCCAUUUACUGGAUCGUAACGGUCUGCUGGCAUCUCCUCAUUCAGUCCCUGGAAACCUUGACACCAACAAGAACAGCGAGAGCCGCAUUAAUGGUGGUAACGGAGACAGCAGGGAGAACAGCACCAUGGACUUCAGCAAGGACUGCGCCUGUGUUCGUCUGCUGCCAGUGGCCGGCAGACAGCCCGCUGUGAAUAUGAACUUCAUGAAGAAGAUUCCUCCUGGUGCUGAGGCCUCCAACGUACUGGUGGGUGAAGUCGACUUCUUGGAGCGACCAAUCAUUGCCUUUGUUCGUCUGUCCCCUGCUGUGCUGCUGACCGGCCUCACUGAGGUCCCAGUCCCCACCAGGUUUCUCUUCCUGCUGCUGGGUCCAUUUGGAAAAGGUCCACAGUACCACGAGAUUGGACGCUCCAUCGCCACACUGAUGACAGACGAGGUUUUCCACGAUGUCGCUUACAAGGCGAAAGACAGGAAUGACCUGGUGUCGGGGAUCGAUGAGUUCUUGGACCAGGUCACUGUUCUUCCUCCUGGUGAAUGGGAUCCCAGCAUCCGCAUCGAACCCCCAAAGAGCAUCCCGUCUCAGGAGAAGAGGAAGAUACCGUCCAUCCCUAAUGCCUCCCCCCCCAGCUCCGAGAUAGUGAGGGAGGCGCACCACACUGGACCAGAGCUGCAGAGGACGGGGAGGCUCUUCGGUGGUUUGGUGAACGACAUCCGGAGGAAAACUCCCUUCCUGUGGAGCGACAUCAGAGACGCCCUCAGUCUUCAGUGUUUGGCCUCCAUCCUCUUCCUCUACUGUGCCUGCAUGUCGCCUGUCAUCACAUUUGGAGGUCUGCUGGGAGAAGCUACAAAAGGAAACAUAAGUGCCAUAGAGAGUUUGUUCGGGGCCUCUCUAACGGGGGUGGCCUACUCCAUGUUUGCUGGCCAGCCUCUCACCAUCCUGGGAAGCACCGGUCCAGUCUUGGUCUUUGAGAAGAUCCUGUUCAAGUUCUGCAGUGAACACGGCCUGUGCUACCUGUCUCUGAGGACCAGUAUUGGACUCUGGACAGCCUUCCUCUGCCUGCUGCUGGUCGCUACUGACGCCAGCUCUUUGGUCUGCUACAUCACCCGCUUCACCGAGGAGGCAUUUGCCGCCCUGAUCUGCAUCAUUUUCAUCUACGAGGCUCUGGAGAAGCUGGUCCAUCUCGGGGAGCUCUACCCCAUCAACAUGCACAUGGAGCUGGACAACCUGACCUUCUACACGUGUCAGUGUUCUCCACCUGCCAAUGCCUCUGCUGAAGUCCAAAACAUUUGGAGCAACAAAAACAUAACCUCAGAAAACAUCCAGUGGGAGCAGCUGAGCGUGAAGGAGUGUCUGGAUUUACAUGGGGAGUUUUUCGGCUCGGCCUGCAGCCAUCACAGUCCCUACGUCCCCGACGUCCUCUUCUGGUCUGUCAUCCUCUUUUUCACCACCUUCUUCCUCUCCUCCUUCCUCAAACAGUUCAAGACCAAAAGCUAUUUCCCUACCAAGGUUCGAUCGACCAUCAGUGACUUUGCUGUGUUCCUGACUAUCAUGGUCAUGGUGCUGGUGGACUAUCUGGUGGGGGUUCCUUCACCCAAACUGCAUGUACCCGACAGCUUUAAGCCCACGUCAAACACUCGAGGGUGGCUGAUCUCCCCUCUGGGACCGAAUCCCUGGUGGACUCUGCUGGCUGCCACCAUCCCAGCUCUACUCUGCACCAUCCUCAUCUUUAUGGACCAGCAGAUCUCCACCGUCAUCAUCAACAGGAAGGAGAACAAGCUCAAGAAAGGCUGUGGCUACCACCUGGACUUGCUGGUAGUGGCCGUGAUGCUGGGCGUGUGCUCCAUCAUGGGCCUGCCGUGGUUCGUGGCGGCGACUGUGCUCUCCAUCUCACACGUCAACAGUCUGAAGCUGGAGUCAGAUUGUGCGGCGCCCGGCGAGCAGCCAAAGUUCCUGGGCAUCAGAGAGCAGAGAGUCACUGGCUUCAUGAUCUUUGUCCUGAUGGGCUGCUCCGUCUUUAUGACCUCCAUCCUCAAGUACAUCCCAAUGCCUGUCCUGUACGGAGUCUUCCUCUACAUGGGAGUGUCCUCGCUAAAAGGCAUUCAGCUGUUUGACCGGAUCAAACUGUUUGGCAUGCCGGCCAAACACCAGCCCGACCUGAUCUACCUGCGCUACGUCCCGCUGUGGAAGGUCCACGUCUUCACUGUGGUGCAGCUGUCCUGCCUCGUCGUCCUCUGGGCCAUCAAGGCCACGGCUGCUGCCGUUGUCUUCCCCAUGAUGGUUCUGAGUCUGGUCAUUGUCCGGAAGCUUCUGGACUUCUGCUUCACCAAGAGAGAACUGAGCUGGCUAGAUGACCUGAUACCAGAGAGCAAGAAGAAGAAUGAUGAUGACAAAAAGAAGGAGGAGGCAACUGAGAGCAUACUGGAGGAGCCCGAGGACAACCCGCCAUAUGAUGAAGGAAACAUCAUCAAGUUCCCAAUCAAAAGCCUGAAAGGGCGCUUGGACCCCUCUGAGGUGAACAUCUCUGAUGAAAUGGCCAAAAGCGGCAUUUGGAAAUCAGUUUCCAUGAACUCUGACAGCAACAAAGCCCUGAAACGCUGCACCAGCCAGGACAAGCUGCCAAGCAUCCACAUAAGUGUGGAGAAAGAGGACAGCCGGAGAGCUGUGGAUGCCGAGACAUUUCUAUGAUGCACUGCUGCUCUCUACCACCGGAUGACACUGCCGGGGGCCGAGGAGGCUGAGACUGCUCGUAUUGAUUGGAAGCUGAAGCCCUCAAUCUUCUCUGAACUGAGGCGAAAGGUCAGUGGAGGACCAAUCAGGCUUCACCUCGCCGUGCCAUACUUGUCAUCCUGCGUUUUCUUGGACGAAGGUUGUUUUAUUUUCUCAUCGUUUUAUGGUGAAACACGGAGACUCCUCUGGGAGCAAAUAUGGCCGCCACUACAGGAAAAAGCUUCCUCAGGUUUCUUUGGUGGUUUUUUUUUUACUCGGGCGGACUGCUGCUGUGCUGUGAUUGGCUGCUGAAGAAUCCAACACAAUCCCAGCUGCCAAAAGUGAUCUGAAAAACACCUGAAGUUUCAUUUUAUUGUUUUAAAUUUUCUUUU